AAACAGCAUGAGUGGUGAUCCCCCUCACCCUCCCCCUCAUAUGUAUUAUCCACCUGCCGGACAACACCUACCCCCUUCCCCUGGACAAGGGUACCCACAGGGAUUUGCACCACCAGCCUAUAACCCAACUGGAGGAUACUACAUGCCACCCACACCUGCACAGGCUGCAUACCCACCACCAUGUACUCCUGCUGCAGGGUUUUAUCCUGGACCAGCUGCAGGAGCUUAUCCCCCUCCUCAGGUAGGUCCUUUACCUGUAGGUUAUUUUCCCCCUGGUGGGCCACCUCAUGGACCUUUCCCUCCACAAGGAGGACCACACUCAGGGACAUUUCCAGCAUAUGGUGGACCACAUCCACCUGGACCACACCCUGGUGCAUUCCCACCAGGACCACACCCUGGUAACAAACAUGUGGAUGUGGAAAGUGAUGACAGUGACCCUUCAGGAUUUGCUCUGUACUCCAAAGAAGAUAAGCAUCCACUCUCCGUUAAGUUCACUAACAAGGCAGGCAAGAAAGUGAAACUGUUUUGGAUCAACAAAAGAGGAAGGAGGAAAAGAAAAGGAAAUAUAAAGGAAGGCCAAAGCAAGACAGUAGACACCUAUGAGACGCAUGUUUUCAUGGCCUUCAAUAGGAAACUAAGUCGUGAACCUCUGCCAAUUAAUGGUUCUCCAGUAUUUUAUGUUUUCCCUCACAAACAUGGUGAUAAGCAUGUGGAAGUUGAAAUAAAGAAACCAUCAGGAAGUUCAUUCAACAGUUUGAAGUCAGAGGCUCACGUGACCGUCCCUGUUGAGGUAAAAUUUGUGAACCGUGCUAAGUGUCCAGUCCAGUUGGAAUGGAUCAAUCCUCAAGGCCGCCGUGAGACUAAGAAGCAUCUCGCCAAGGGUCGAUGCUGGCGCACCACUUCCUGGGAAGGUCAUUACUGGGUGUGCACUGACCCAAAGAAGGAUGGUAAUUUCUUUGCCCUUAAUUAUGGUCUUCAUUACAGAGUGCAGAAGACUAGAGGAGCGCGAGAAAGAGUUGUCAUUACAGCAGGAUCGAAUAUUUCUGGAAGCAGUAGUAGCAGCAGCAGCAGCAGUGACUGAGGAACGACUUAACAGAAAAUCGUAUCUGCUGCUGUGUUGGAAAUACGUCAUUGCAGUGCUGUACUUGUGCUACUUGAAUAAUUGUCUUUAUAUUGCAAAUGAAUAAUACAAACUGAGUGACAUUGAUAUCCAGUGGAAGCUUUCUUAAUUAAGGACGGUACCUGCAAAUAGAAAUCCAAUUUUGUCUGGCCAGUGACUGAGCAAGCCAGCUAGAUCUUAUCAAAGUCAAGAAAGAGCAGUGGGGGUAGCCACGCAAUAUUGUUCAAUAUCUGGAGAAAAAACCCUGACGUUGUAUUUUUUCAAAAAUGAAAUCAAGUAAAAUUUCCUUGGUGAUUCCAUUUUUAUUCCUUUUUAAAAAAAACAAAACAAAAAAAAUCAGUAGUGAACGUAAACAUCUUUACAUAACAAGCAAAGACGAUCCUCAGAACAGCGUAAUGUUAGUUUUUAUCAUCAAAAUGAUUGCAUCAAGGCUAUUUUUAAUCGCUUAACGGCAUCGGAUGUGUCAUCACUCUACUGCUGAUGAUGCGCAACUAUACAUUACGUUCAAGACGUUAUUUGUUGGCAAUACGAAUCAAAGUAGAACCAAAUUAGUUAACUGCGACCGGUACAUGGAUACACGGAUUCUUUGGAAUGAAUUGAAAUUGAGUAAAGAUAAGUCACAAGA